CCGAGUCGGGUGGGAGCCGCACGAGAGAGGCGUAUCCGCGCUUAAGACUCGCGUUUCGUUUGCCGCGAACUCGGACGUAACGAAUUCGGUGGGUGAAUCCAUUUUGCGAUCACGCGCGACCCUCGGGGAGAUCCGAAGCGGAACGAACGGGCGAAAAGUGACGCAGCACCGUAUGCAUCGCGGUGCGGUGUCGGUAAUUUCGUUUUCUCUCUCUCUUUCUCUCUCCUCCCCUCUCGUUCCUUGUCAGUCUCUCUCUCAUUCGUUCCUUCCUCUGUCUCUCCCUCUCCCAUCGGAGUGUCAAAGUUCCGAGACUACUCGUCGACGUAUCCGUCGUCGGUGCCCGUCGAUGUAGGUUACGGAGGAGAGGAGAAACGAGCCGCGAUCGCGGGGUGCGAGUCGUGCGAGUGUUACGCGGCCGGGCGGCGACACGCACCUCCCACGGAGAAAAAAAAAACGGAACGUCGUGCACAGCGAUAUCAAGUGCGAACGAACGAGAACGAGAACGAGCGAGCGAGUGUAGCGGGGGAGAGCGAGAGAGGAUUCCGAAGAGUCGGUGAUCCGGUGGGACGAAGGAGAGGAGCGAGCUCCAGAAGAGUUUCGCGUGCCAUCCGGAAGCUGUCAUAAAUGUGCACGUUCUACAUAAAUUGCGCGAUCUAUGCACGAUCGACGAGCCGAUCUAUCGGUGGUGAGUGCUGAUCUAGCCUGACGCUCCGGCAACGAGUCGACGUUAAAUCAUCUUCAUCGCAGCAUUGGUUGCCGUUGUCGCCCCUCUCCCGAGAAGAAGCUAGCCCAGUGCGACGUACCUAUCUAACGGCGUGCCCCUCGACAACGCAAAGCAGGUGAUCAUGGCGACUCGGGGUACGGCCCAGAGGCCGAAUGGAUCGACACAAGGAAAAAUUUGUCAGUUUAAACUAGUUUUACUCGGUGAAUCAGCAGUCGGAAAAUCAAGUCUUGUUUUAAGGUUUGUCAAAGGACAGUUCCACGAGUACCAGGAGAGUACAAUUGGCGCUGCAUUUCUAACACAAACCGUAUGUUUGGAUGACACAACUGUAAAAUUUGAAAUCUGGGACACUGCGGGGCAAGAACGUUAUCACAGUCUUGCACCAAUGUAUUAUCGUGGUGCACAGGCAGCCAUUGUUGUGUAUGACAUAACAAAUCAGGAUACAUUCUCACGUGCCCAAACAUGGGUAAAAGAAUUGCAACGCCAAGCCAGUCCGAGCAUAGUAAUAGCAUUAGCUGGAAACAAGGCAGAUUUGGCAAAUAAGAGAGUCGUCGAGUACGAUGAAGCUCAAACGUAUGCGGAUGAAAAUGGCCUUCUUUUCAUGGAAACAUCUGCUAAGACGGCAAUGAAUGUUAACGACAUAUUCCUUGCAAUUGCUAAAAAGCUUCCUAAAAACGAACAAUCAGGAAGCGCAAGUACGAGUGGUCAAGGCCGUCGACUAGUCGAGUCAGAUGGGCAAAAGGCAGCAACCGGCAAUUGCUGCAAGUGAUUAUCUAAAUCCAUAUGUACUAUAAUCUACAAA